AUGGCCCUGGUUAUAGGCAGUCAACCGCCGAAGCCUUCCUCGCGGAGCAGUUCAGUAAAGCUUCGCAGGAGGAGCUCCUGGGCAGCGCUGCUUCAUCCACGCACAGCUCUGAGAACAUCUCGUACUACUCCUGACUUAUCGCGCCCUGACGUUGAGCUGGCCUCGAUUGUAAAUGUAGAAGGAGAGGGAGAGUUGGACAAGUUUGCCGAGCUAGGACUAACGCUGGGUGCUGGGGAGGAAGAGUAUCUGGAUCGGAUAGAAGAGUUUCCACGACUAUUAUCUGGAGAAGACGAUCACGGUAUUGAUGGUGAUAAAGAUUUGCCAAGGACGUUCAAGCCUUUUCAGAAAUGGAUGAAGACAUUACAACACCGUGCUCAGCAGAGACGCCGAUCACAAAACAGUAUAGAUGACCUGGGGGCAUUUCCGACCCUUGCAGAUGAUAGGUCUCUAUGCCACAGCCAUAGAAGAUCGUCUUCUGGCUCUUCUUUCGCUUACGUCCUUGGAGUGAGAAGCGCAAGUAUCAGUCUCGCCGAGAGCGCUUUCACACGGUCUCGGCGAAACACUGCGAUAUCAUCUCAUCAUGUCAAGACAGACCGCGGUAGCAGGGCUUCGAUGUCAGCUGAAAGACGCUCAGAAGAUAGUGUCCGGUCAGAGCGAAGUGUGUUCGAUCCAGCUGUUAUUGAAAGACUCCUGCAGCGUCGAAGGAUUCUGGAGGAAUUGAUUGCUACAGAGGAGAGCUAUAUUGGAGAUAUCAAGUUCUUGAUGAAUGUCUAUGUCACAAUACUCGCCUCUUUACCAACACAACACCCAGGCUUGCGGUCUUCCAUCAACCGUAACCUAACAGACAUAGUCGAACUUCACGAAGGUAUACUCGGAGAACUCCACCGAGCUGUCCCAAACUCGGAAUAUACUCAGCCGGACCAGUUUCCAAUCCCAUUAAAGUCCACUGGGAAAGCGUCACAUCACCAAAGAUGGCACAGCCUUGAUUCGGUCCCAGAAGAUACUGGAGGAGCAUCCUGGCUGCAGUACGUACCUGGCAUAACAGCGGAACCAGAUGUUGCGGUACAGGUAUCGAGAAUAUUCCGAGAGAGAAUGCACCGAUUCUUCGUCUACGAGGAAUACGGUGCUAAGUACGAGAUGAUGAUCAAAGAUGUAGCGAUGACUUCACGAACCAUGCCUCAAUGGGAGACUUAUCAGAAGGGGCUCGAAGCUCUUGCAGCAUCACUGGGGUCUGUAAAUCGUCAACUGGACCGUUCCCGUAAAUCGCUUACGAUUGGUGACCUCUUGGUUAAGCCUAUCCAAAGAAUUUGUAGAUAUCCAUUACUUUUUGCCGAGCUCCUCAAAUAUACGCCGGUCUGCGAUUGCCCUCACGCUCAUGCAGAAAUUGAAAAUGUUCUGGCCCGGCUCCGCGAAGCUACCUCUGAGAUUAAUAGAGCCACCGAUGACCCUUCUGUCAAAGUGACGAUGGAAACAACAUGGCUAUUACAAGAUCGCCUGGUGUUUCCAAACCAGAGUUUUGACGCUGCGCUCAAAACAACAAUCCGUUCUCUCGGCCAGAUCAAGUUAUGUGGUGCCCUCCAUAUUUGCUGGCAAACACGAGGGGGCGUAGAAGGACAGUACAUGGUUUGUCUGCUGUACAGAGAAUGUCUAUGUCUGGCUACUGCCUCCAAAGGUGAUCAAUUAUACACGAUCCAGGCGUGUAUCGGUCUGAACACAAUCAGAAUCGAGGAAGCUGAUAAUGGUAGAGGUCUGCAAUGCCAUUCCGCACCGUUCUCUUGGAAGCUCGUGUUUGAGAUCGAUCAUCAGCUCUACGAAAUCAUUAUGACGGCGUGCACACCCAAGGAAGAACACGAAUGGAGAAACCGCUUAAUCAGAUCUAUUCCCAACGAGGCACAGGAAUCUGGGGAACCGCUUUUCUGCAGCUCACUGUUUUUGAAUAUCAAAAGCCUCGGUACGGUUUUCGGAAAGCCAGGAUCCGUUGCUCGUCGUUUAUCAAUUCACCGAGCAAUGACAGUAGGUCCCAAAUCUCCUCUGUGUCAGGUGAUUUUGAAGCACACUACCACUAUGAAAGACUCGUCCAAUUCAACUUCUGGAUCACCAAUCAACCGUUCUCAGUCGUUAUUGACGACAACCUCGAGAAUACCAAUACUAGCGCCACCACGUGGGGACCGGGCAAGGCUGGAAGCGCAGUUGUCUGAUGUUUGGACUCGAAACAUUCUACCAUUUCCUGGCAUAACAGCCCGGUCUAGGAGUGAACACCUUGUCCGUACCUCGGCUUCAACAAUGAUGCGCAAGCUCAGCGUAGCAAGCAUUACGACUUCAUUUGCUAAGCGGUCUAGCAGUUCCGCAAGCGUGAGUACAGUGAAGGCAAAAGAUGAAGAAUUGCCCCAAGUGAAUAAUUCUGUCGAUUCGCUCGUCAGUCUCAAUUGCGAGGUCUCUCAUUCUAUACUGGAUCUCGACCAGAGUCAUGAUGAUAUACGACGACUUCCCGUGAUCAGAGAUGCGACGGAACGGACAAGUAGCUGCAGCCCGAGGUUGCCAUCAACAGACACAAACAUAUCCUCCAGCACAGUCUGGAAAAUGGAUCUGUCGAGGCAAGAUAUCGAAAAUUUCAAUUCGACGGAUGUGAACGAGAAAGUGUCGUUUAAAGCACCAGUUCUACAAGCUACAUCCGUCAACAGUGUGUCACAGCCCUUCAUCGCCAGGGCUACCACACCAACACCUCCAAUGAGACAGAAGGAGAAUAUUUCCCAGGUACAUAAAACCAAGCGACCAAUUCAAGAGACCACGAACCCUUCAAAGCUUAGUAAACGAGCCAAGCCUGGAGGCAAGAAUCGGAGUAUGGUGGCUGGCGCCAUCCGAAGCUUCUUCCGCUGA